CAAGCAUCACCACAACCUACAUGAGCGACGAGCAGAACUCAACAAUGCUGCCAAUGGCCUCCCCGGCACCGGAAAAACGCCAGUUUGCAGAGCCUCUGAUUGUCACCGACCCGGUGAUUGGCACAAUAUAUGUGUCUCUCACCAGCGUUGCCUUGCUGAUGGGCGUGAUAGGCAACUGCGUGGUACUGUCCGUCUUCUGUUGCGGACGCAUGCCGGGUUUCAGUAAGGUUGGAAGCGAAUUUCUCAUCAACCUCGCCAUUGCUGACCUCUGCGUGAGCGGUGUGGCAGAUCCUCUUUGCAUCAUAGGAGCCAUCAAAGGAGAGGAGUUUUUCCAGGACAAGUGGUGGCUUUGUGAGGGAAUUGCAUCUAUGUGCUUGACGGCAUGCGUUUGUGCGUUCCUAAGUCUCAGCGGGGUGACCCUAAAUAGGUACAUUUACACUUGCCACAACCACAUCUAUGAUCGUAUUUACAACCGUCUCAGCAGCAUCUUGAUGUGUAUCUUCUUCUGGGUCUGCGCCUUCUUGCUGGAAAUGCCCAACUUCAUUGGCUGGGGCGACCACGGCUUUGAUGAGAAGAACCAUUCCUGCAUCUGGGACAGAACUGCCAGCUUCUCUUACACCUUCUUCGUGUCAGUUGCUCUGAUUGGUGGACCUCUGGUGUUCAUGGCCUAUUGCUACAUUCGUAUCUUUUGGAAGUUGUACCGCAGUCAGACCUCUCUGGCAAAGUUCAGCGCGAAUCCAGAUGCAGACCGUACCUUUUUCAAAACCGUCAGCAUGGCCCGCACCUUGGUUGUCAUCUUCUUCGCCUUCGUCAUUUGUUGGACCCCCUACGCAUUUGUCAUCGUUCUUGACGCCGACAACAGGUUCCCAUAUCAGAUUCACCUGUGGGUCACUCUCCUCGCUCACCUUCACUCCAGCGUCAACUGCACGGUAUACCUUGUCACCAACCGCGAGUUCCGUCGCCGUUGCAAGCAACUACUCAACCUUGCCCAGCCCUCAGAGACCUUCACUCCGUCAACGUCCAACCACGGCUAUCUGUCGAGCAAAUCUGAUAAAGACGUCCCUGUCGGCAAAGAAAUAAACAGUCUCACUAAUAUAGGGAAAUAUACUGUGAAGGCAUGA